AUGACAACACGCCCCGCCCCGCGGCCACCAUCUUGUUCAGAGUCACAUCCGGAGAGUCCUCGCCGCCAUUUCAUUCUUGGGAAAGAGCGGAUGCGUUUGGGGCACCAAGAUCUGAUAAUACAGCCUGCAGCUUCCUUCUGAUAAUGCAAAGAGAAGAUAAAAUGAGCGGAUGCAGAGUGUUCAUAGGGCGGCUCAGUCCUCAUGCCCGUGAGAGAGAUGUGGAAAAGUUUUUCAAAGGAUAUGGACGUAUCCGAGAGAUCAAUUUAAAAAGUGGAUUUGGUUUCGUGGAGUUUGAAGAUCACAGAGAUGCAGAUGAUGCAGUAUAUGAAUUGAAUGGAAAGGAAUUAUGCAGCGAAAGAGUCACAAUAGAGCAUGCUAGAAAUCGCAGAGGAAGAGGAGGCAUGAUGGGAGGCGGAGGUGGAGGUGGUCGUUAUCCAAUGCGCUUUGGCUAUCGCCAGUCAAAUAGUGGUGGACCCAGGUAUGGACCCCCGGUUCGUACUGAGCAUAGAAUAAUCGUUGAAAACCUCUCCUCCCGUGUCAGUUGGCAGGAUCUGAAGGAUUUCAUGAGAAAAGCUGGAGAGGUAACUUACGUGGAUGCACACAGGAGUAACCGAAAUGAAGGGGUGGUGGAAUUUGCAUCCUAUAACGAUAUGAAGAGUGCUAUGGACAAACUGGAUGGCACAGAGCUAAGUGGUCGGAAAAUUAAGCUAAUUGAAGACCGCAAAAAACACAGCAGGUCCAGGUCAAGAAGCUACUCCAGAUCCCGCAGCAAGUCCAAGUCUCGCGGCUCUUCUAGAUCUCCUAGGUCUGCAAGAUCUGCAAGCAGGUCUCGCUCCCCCAGCCGCACACCUGAAAAGAAAUACGCUCCGAAAUCUGGCAGUGGAGAACCAUCCCAAAUCUCUCCCAAACGCCAGUCUCGAUCCAGUUCUGCUGAAAGCCGUGGUUAAGACACCUGUUUGUGUAGAAAUGCUGAAUGAAGGUUAUGUGCCCUGAGAGAGAUUAGUGGGAGUGAAAGGUGGCGUUCACUGUUUUAUGUAACCAAAGCGCCUGGAAAAUAAUCUGGCACAAAAAGGUGGCCUAAUGCUUUGUUUUUGUAAAUAUGUGAUCCGACCCUUCUGCUAGACUAAAGGAUUGAAGGGAGUAAUUGAACCCUGCUAUGUGCAUUUCUCAAUUAGAACCCAUUUGAGAUGACUUCACUCUAUAGAUGGGUGAAACCUGUUCUGAUACUUGUUUGAUUCCCUUUUAUGAAGUAAAUUAAGAUAAUGUGUACGUAGUUUUAGUAGUAGUAGAUGUUCAUUUACAUUGUAUACUGCCCAAAUGGUCAAUUCUUUGUGACUAGUUUUAUGUACACUUUUGCCAGUGUUGAAAUACCCAGGAGAACUUGCAUUUUAAUGAACACAUUAAAACAUUUAAAUAAAAAAACCACUGAGUACGAGUUAAAGGCAGGUGCACAUGAUUGUUACAUAUUGAGUUGAUUUACUUACAGCGAAUAUUUUUGUUUUGUCUUAUUUGGCUUUAGUAGGUAUUUUGUGUGUGUGUGAUGGAUGAACCUUCAAUUAAAUGUCACUGAAGCAGAAUUGUGAUCUUUAAAUAUUGAUUCUUCUAAAUUUUCUAAUCUGGAAUGCAGAGUAACUUUUUUUUUAGGGUGGGUGUUAUGUAGAGUAGUUCUAAAAUUUCAAAAUAAAGCAGUAUGGAUUUUUGAUUUUCUUCUUUCAACCAUCUGUGUUCUUUGGUUUUCAGGUGGUAGCUGAUGAUGAUUGCUGGAAAACUAGACCAGUGGCAAAUUUCCCUGGCAAAUUCUCUACAUAUUCAAAUUUAAUAUAGUUGCUUUUAUUUUUUUCAUUUUUAUAUGCUUUUUGUGUUGGUUAAAGGGUAGAUUUUGUUUAAAACAAAGCUUGUAAGACAAACUAUAUUUAUGUUAAGAGCAUCCAUGUGGAAUUUGUGUUAUUUAAAUGCCACACUUGGUGCUCUUGUCCAUCAGAGGCACCCCCAUGUGGUGGAUGUACUUAGUUGGACAACCUAAGCAUAUGGUCUUAUCCACAGUCAUGAUUACAUUCAAUAAAUUAAAAAAUGAGGCAUGGGAUUCCUGCAGUUA